GUAAAAAAGAUAAAAAUGUUGGCCUACAAAUUAUUGUCACCCCAUUUCAACCACACACCCAUUUAUUCUUUUUUCCUAUCUCCACAAACUUUUCGUCACAAAGUAAAGAAAGAAGAAAACUCUAGCCUCCUUCCCUUGCUUUUCUCAUGCCAUUUCCAAUUUUCUUCCAACAGAUGGUAUCAUCUUAAGAUUGAACAAGGUCAUCACUCAUCAUUGCUAAUGGCUGCUUUUUAUAUUGUUGCUCCUGGAAACACAACUGAUGAUACUGAAGAGGAAUAUAGCAUUGUCCACUUCCAAUAUCCCAACAAUUAUGGCAUAAAAAAAAUAUCCACUAGUGAAAUUUAUAGGCAAACACUAUUUUCCCGAUUCAAUUUCCUAAAACCUUAUAAAAUUAAAAUAUUGGAGGCAAAUAUUUCCGUUGAGAAAUACAAAGAUGUGUAUUUGCUAUCAAGAGAUGAAAUUAGAAGUCAUCGAAGUAAAUAUAAUUUUUUACAUAUUGGGUUGGUACAAUUUUCUAUAGCUAAUAAUUUUUCAUCAUCCCGUGAAGAAACAAUUAAUGUGUCAAUAAGUUUGAGAGAUUCCAAAUACUCCAAAUUCGAAGACUCUAUUUUGGUACGUUUUGAUUCAGAUAUAUGUAAGGGUGACAUAAAGUUUAAUUGGUUUCCAAAUUUCUCAACACGUUUGUCCGAUCUAGCAAAUUCCAAUGCUUUGGUUGUGACUAUAGAUUCCCCAGAUUCUGUAUUUUUAAGAGUUAGGUACAGAGUAUGUUAUAAAUUAAUGGAGAAAUCUCUUAAACUUGAUUAUCUGUUUGAGAAUCCUAUGGUUGAGGUGGACACUGAGAAAACAAAGGUUGUUGUCCCCAAAUCUAAUAAUCAAGGUUAAGUGAAAUCAACGUUGGAUUCUAUUUAUUAUAUGGUUGCUGAAAGCUUGAAUAUGUGAAGAUGGAAAAGGUGAACCUUGAAAUAUGAAGCUUUAUGUUAAGUUUGGUGAUUCUUCUCAAUAGAGUGAAUCAGCUAAUAGUUCAUUAUCUUGUUGAGUCUCUUUUUUCUCUGCUUAUAUUGAUGAGUGGUUUGUAAUAUAUCUAGAAAUUAUGGCUUGGACUCUGUAAAUUUUAAUUUGUAAUUGAUCUUCGUAUGUUCUUUAGUUUGAAUGUGUUAAAUAUCUAAAUUAUAUUAGAAUUGGUUGUUUAUUUAUCGCGAAAAAAGUAAAAUGAAUUUGCUGUU